UGGUCUACACCGGUAAUGACCACAUUGAGAAACCAUGUGACACUUAUUGGCGUCCCGUAUAUUCUCGGAAUGAAAAAACAUGGAAAAAAGCGAGGAACGAAGAACAAACGAAAACUUCGUGCAGCUCAGAAGGACCAAGCAAUUCAAGAACUUGGCUCCUCAAAAGUCCCUCGUUCGUUUGUCUUGCAUCGUGGAACUGUAGGAAGAUAUGUACAACAGUUAGCACUAGACACAAGAAAACUUAUGGAACCAUACACUGCAUCUCAUCUUAAGGUGAAAAGAAACAACGUGUUGAAGGAUUUUGUGCACAUAGCUGGUCCUCUUGGUGUCACACAUCUUAUUUUCUUUACGAAGUCUGAAAAUUCCGUGAAUAUGAGAAUAGGAAGGUUACCUCGUGGACCAACAUUAACAUUUCAAGUGCUUUCUUUUUCUUUGAUGUCUGAUGUCCUGUCGUCACUGAAGAAACCAAGAAAUCCUAAGAGUCAAUACAAACAUCCAGCUAUGCUUAUGAUGAACAAUUUUCCAACCAACGAGAAGCACAUGAAGCUGGUCACAUCAGUCAUACAGAACGCUUUUCCAUCCAUCAACAUACAGAAGGUCAAAUUGCGUGACAUUGAAAGAUGUGUUCUCAUGCAGUAUGACACAGAUACGAAUAGCGUUGAAGUUCGACACUAUAACAUUAGAGCUGUUCCUUUGGGACUGAGCAGACAAGUGAAGAAACUUGUUCAAGCGAAAGUUCCAAGUCUUGGAAAAUAUGACGAUAUCAGUGACUUUCUGUUGGGUGGCAAUGUAUCUGAAAGUGAGGUUGAGGAUGCAGAAGAGUCUCACGUAUUGUUACCGCAACCAAUGCCUGGGAGAGGAAACGAACAAGCUAAUCAGAGUGCAGUUCGGCUCACAGAGCUUGGGCCACGCUUGAGUCUGAAACUUCUAAAAGUGGAAGCUGGCCUAUGUGAUGGAGAAGUCCUCUUCCACCAAUUCGUCACUAAGUCAAAGACAGAAGUAAAAAGCUUGCGUGAGAAGAAGAUAGCACAAAGGAAGUUGAAGGAUAAACGUCGUCGCUUGCAAGAAGCAAACGUCAAAAGGAAAGAAAAACUGAAAGAAGCCCAUAGAGCACGAUGUGCAGCUGGAGUGAAGACGAAACAACAAAGUACAAAACAGGACAAUGAAGCAGAUGGGAGCAAGAGUGACGAUGGUGACGAUGACAUUCAGUGGUAUAAACAAGAAGUAGGGGAAGAACCAGAUCCUGACCUUUUCCAAUCAAUGCCAAGUCCAGUCACGAAGAUCAAACAAAGGAAGAGGCAGCGACAAACUAGUCAGGUUCCGCCAGCAAAGAAACGGAAAGUUUCAUCACCUCAAGUCAAACAAGUAGACAAGAAGGGAGACAGAGUUCGUCAGAAACGAAAAAUAAAAAGUGAGGGAAAAGACAACACGAGAAGACAUCAUGGGAAAGGACAACUGAAGAAGAAAGUGAGAUUUACCACGGGAAAAUUCUAUUCAACUAGUAGCUACAAGCGAAAAAACAAAUUAAUUCUGUACACGUCUAGGUAG